GUUUUAACUACCGCCUUUUUAUCACAAACAUGUCGGGGACCAGGGCAGGAAGACAUAGGCCAGGCUUCAACCAGUACAGCAGGUCGGCUCGGGAAGCCAUUCGCACCUCUGGGUUUUUCAGUGAUGAUCGUAUUGCUAGUUCAAAGCAGUUCGUGAAUCCGGAGCAACCCGGCUACGUGGGCUUCGCCAACCUGCCCAACCAGGUCCACCGCAAGUCCGUCAAGAAGGGAUUCGAGUUCACGCUCAUGGUUGUUGGUGAGUCAGGACUAGGGAAGUCUACCCUGAUUAACAGCUUGUUCCUGACAGACCUGUAUCCAGAGAGAGAGAUCCCAGGAGCUGCAGAGAAAAUUGAACAGACAGUGAAGAUUGACGCAUCGACGGUAGAGAUUGAAGAGAGAGGGGUGAAACUGAGGCUGACGGUCGUGGACACGCCCGGAUACGGGGACGCCAUCAACAGUAAGGACUGCUUCAAGCCCAUCCUGUCGUACAUAGACGACCAGUUUGAGAGGUAUUUCCAUGACGAGAGUGGGCUGAACAGACGGAACAUUGUGGACAACAGAGUACACUGCUGCUUCUACUUCAUCUCCCCCUAUGGACAUGGACUGAAGCCACUGGAUGUAGAGUUCAUGAAGGCCCCCCCCUCGGUCAACAUCGUUCCUGUCAUUGCCAAGGCCGACACCCUCACACCAAAGGAGGUCCGGGCUCUAAAAGCAAGGAUUUUGGAGGAGAUCGCUCAGCAUGGAAUCAAGAUCUACCAGAUGCCAGACUGUGACUCAGAUGAGGACGAAGACUUCAAGGAACAGUGUAGGCUGCUGAAGGCAGCUGUGCCAUUUGCUGUGGUUGGAUCCAAUCAGAUGAUCGAGGUCAAAGGGAAGAAGGUCAGAGGUCGGCUGUACCCAUGGGGUGUAGUUGAAGUGGAAAACCCUGAGCAUUGUGAUUUCAUCAAGCUGCGAACCAUGCUGAUCACCCACAUGCAGGACCUACAAGAGGUGACCCAGGAUGUCCACUACGAGAACUACAGGUCAGAAAAGCUGGCCAUCAACAAGCGCCGGGCCGGAGCUGCAGUUGCCCUCGGGCACAGUGGCGGCCCUGCGGCGGCGGCGGUCAGUGCCAUGAAGGGAGAGGGACAGGGUGAGGAGAAGGACAAGAUUCUUCUGGAGAAGGAACAGGAGCUACAACGGAUGCAGGAGAUGCUGGCGCGGCUGCAGCAGCAGAUGCAGCAGCAGCAGACCACGCAGGUGGCGGGCGCCAACAACGUCCAGUCGCACCACGUCUGAGCUCCGGACGCCAUCAUCACAUCGCGCUCGCGUUCACACCGCUGCAAAAUGUCACCACAACUCAAG